UAGAGAGAAUACCGAGUCGAAAAGGUUUUUCGAUCUCAUUCUCUAUUUCUCUCUCUCUCUCUCUCUCUCUCUUCGUUUCUCCACUAGCUAACGCCUAAGCCAAGCAGACAAACAGAUACCGAGCCAUACUUCCAUCGAUUUUCCUGACAAGUUAGUAGUUCUCUCCCAAGCCCGAAGAUGGCUGCGAUUCAGGAACAGGAGCUCGAAGAAGACGAAGCCACAAGGAGCGUUGAUUUCAGGAUCAAGGGUGGGCAAGAACCGGAGCUGAGUAGCCGCCACAACAGAGAGGGACCCACCAACAACACCGAAUUAGUACCGUCCCCGCCGGUGGAGGCGGCGGUUGCGCCGAAAGAAGAGCCGGACACGGAGGAAAUGUCACGUGCGAUGGUGACGGUGCACGUGCCGGCGGGUAUUCCGAUGAGGAUGGACAGAAAAGCGGUUGCGCUGCCGAAGAGAACGUCGACGAAGGACCGACACACGAAAGUGGAGGGUCGCGGGCGGAGGAUCCGAAUGCCCGCCACAUGCGCUGCCCGGAUCUUCCAGCUGACCCGGGAACUGGGCCACAAGUCCGACGGGGAGACCAUCCGGUGGCUCCUCGAGCACGCCGAGCCGGCCAUCAUCGCCGCCACCGGCACCGGCACGGUCCCCGCCAUCGCCAUGUCCGUCAAUGGGACCCUCAAAAUCCCCACCACGUCCGCUCCCGACAGCGACCCACCCGUUAAGAAGAAACGGAAACGACCCGCCAACAGCCAGUACAUAGACGUAAACGACGGCGUUUCGGUCUCGGCGGGGCUCGCUCCAAUAACAACCACCACCACGCAACAACAACAACAACAACAACAACAACAAGAAGCACAGGCAGUAGUACCUCAGGGGCUGGUACCCGUGUGGGCUAUACCCUCAAACGCCGUCGUUCCCGGCACGUUCAUCAUGGUCCCGCAGAUGGCCUCCAUUGCCGGACCUUCGACCCCGUCUCACAUAUUCACAUUCCCAGGUGCAGCCACGCCUCUUAUCAACAUUUCAGCAAGGCCCAUAUCGUCCUUCGUCUCCUCCAUGGCCAACAUAGCCACGCCUGUUCAAAUCCAACCCAGCUCCUCGGCGGCUUCCUCUUCAAGCGCUGCCGCCACUAUUACAACUACAAGCAGUACAACUAGUGCCGCUACAACCACUCAGAUGCUGAGGGACUUCUCGCUGGAGAUUUACGAUAAACAGGAGCUUCAGUUAAUGUCUCGCUCUUCCAGCCACUGAAAACGAAAGUGCUUUCCGUGUGUAGCAUUUCUUUCUCGUUCGUUUCUGGAUUGAGUUUCCGGGGCGUUCAUGGAGUAGCACGUGCGCGCGUGAGACGUGGGGACCAGGUGCAUGUCCCGGUGGGGUCAAACAAAGACUCGGCAAAAGCAAAGAGAAACAGAGGUGCUGCUCCGUGGACCGUGCGAUGGGGCCACCUCGUGUAUUUUAGUCAUGUGAUGGUGGGCGCGGGCCCCAAGGGUGGGGGCACUUGGGCACUUUUCCCAAUGCGGGUGGGUUUGGUGGGUCGAUGGAGAUGGCCACGUGUCGAUGGAACAUAGCUCUUUUUUUUCCUCUGGAUCACGUGGAGUCUUUUAUGGUGGGGGUCCAACUGAUGCGGAUUUUUGAUUGGCCUGUGAGAGAGAAAGAGAAGGUCGGUGUGGUGAUGGAAUCAAAUGCGCCUGAUGUUAAGAUGGGGUUCUGGUUUUGUAUUUUGUACAGUUUUUUUAACUGUUCAAAUCUAAUUUUAAGUUUUUCGAAAAAGAAAAAGAAAAAGAAAAAAAAAAUUGGAGUAAAAUUAAAUCUGAUAUUAUUUUGGGA